AUGGCAGCCGGGGCAGAGGUCGGCCGCGUAGGUCGCCGCAUCUUCCAUCGGAUCUGGGACCCAGAACCUAUCAACGACCGCAGCUCCAACGACCCGGUAUGGUGUCUGGGCCGCUCAUACACGCUCAGCACCCCCAAACCAUCCCACGGAUCAUCAUCACCGCCGCCACCCACCACAGCAAGCACCCCGCCCGCCGACACCAGCACCAACAUCGAUGCAGCAACAGCAGCAGCAAUAGCCCAAAUCCCGGCCGCAGCAGGCAGGGUCAAUCACUCGCAUGAGCACGAGCAGCAAGGCGGCCUGUCUACGCCGCCGGAUUCGGUGGCAAGCAGCUUCGACUCGGCACUGGCCUAUAGCGACUCGGCUCUGCCGGAAGACGGCGGCGGCUGGCCGCCAGCCUUCCUCGACGAUUUCGAGUCACGCAUCUGGAUGACGUAUCGAACCGGGUUCGAGGUGAUCCCCCGCUCGACAGACCUGCGCGCAGCGUCGGCUCUGUCCUUUACGAUGCGGCUCAAGACGUCGUUCGGCGACCAGACGGGGGGAUUCUCCUCCGACACGGGAUGGGGCUGCAUGAUCCGCUCGGGCCAGAGUCUCCUGGCCAACGCGCUCCUGAUCGCUCGCCUAGGACGCGAUUGGAGACGAUCUUCUGAUCCCGGUGCCGAGCGCGAGGUGGUGUCCUUAUUCGCCGAUGAUCCUCGCGCUCCGUACUCUUUGCAUAACUUUGUCAAGCAUGGAGCGGUCGCUUGUGGGAAAUACCCGGGAGAGUGGUUCGGGCCUUCGGCUACAGCACGGUGCAUCCAAGCUCUGGCGAACACACAUGACAGUUUGUUGCGUGUAUAUUCAACCGGCGAUCUACCCGAUGUCUACGAAGAUAGCUUCAUGGCUGUUGCCAAUCCUACCGGCGACAACUUCCAUCCAACCCUGAUCUUGGUAUGCACGAGGCUCGGGAUAGAUAGAAUCAACCAAGUUUAUGAGGAGGCUUUGAUUUCGACACUGCAGAUGGAACAAUCCAUAGGUAUCGCGGGCGGCCGCCCUUCGUCAUCGCUCUACUUUGUAGGGGCCCAAGGACAGUGGUUGUUCUACCUCGACCCUCAUUACCCAAGGCCGGCGCUUCCGUACCGUGAAGCCGCCGAAGAGUACACGGCCGAGGAGCUGGAUUCCUGCCAUACCCGGCGGUUACGGCACCUUCACGUCGAGGACAUGGAUCCCAGCAUGUUGAUCGGAUUUCUGAUCAAAGACGAGGAUGACUGGGAGAUGUGGAAGAGCGCUGUCAAGCAUGUGCAGGGCAAAGCCAUCAUUACCGUCUCGCCCCACGAUCCCGGGAAGGGCAUGGGCACGGGCCGAGCCGAGGCCAUCGACGAAGUAGAGACGUUGAGUGACGACGACGCAGACACGGUUCUCGAAGCAUAA